AAAAAAAUGUCUCGCUUAAAAAAAGCCACCUCCCUGCUCAAACGUACGUCAUUUUCUGCUGCAUCCGCAACCAUUCAAAUACCAACACAAAUUGAUACACAUAUUCCAUCAACAUUAUCAAAUGUCACAACAAAAUCAUCACGAGAUAACAGUCAUGCAAAACCAUAUUGUGAUAUACCUGGUCCUUGGGAAAUGCCAAUCCUCGGUAAUUCAUGGAGAUUUGCACCUUUGAUUGGCCAUUACAAGAUCAACGAACUGGAUAAAGUCAUGAAAGAAUUGCACCUAAACUAUGGAAAAAUGGCCAAAGUCGGAGGUCUAAUCGGUCAUCCGGACUUGCUUUUUGUAUUUGAUGGUGACGAGAUCCGGAAUGUGUUCAAAAAGGAGGAAAUCUUACCACACAGACCCUCAAUGCCAUCCCUGAAGCACUACAAGGGUCAACUACGUCGUGAAUUUUUUGGUGACGUUGCUGGUUUAAUUGGAGUUCACGGAAAGACAUGGGAAACAUUCCGACAGGAAGUCCAACACAUCCUGCUUCAACCCAAUAUAGCAAAGAAAUACAUUCCACCACUUAAUGAAAUUGCAUCAGAAUUUAUGACAAGAAUCCAUGAGAUGCGCAAUGAAAAUGACGAACUACCCGGAAACUUCCUGCAUGAACUCUACAAAUGGGCACUUGAAUCUGUCGGUCGAGUUUCAUUGGACACCCGUCUCGGAUGUUUAUCUUCCGAUGGAAAUGAAAAUUCAGAUUCUCAAAAAAUAAUCAAUGCAAUCAAUACGUUUUUCUGGGCAGUGCCCGAACUUGAAUUGCGGAUGCCAAUUUGGCGUUUCUAUCCGACCAAAGCGUAUCGUGCCUUCGUUAUGGCUCUUGACAGUUUUACAGAAAUCUGCAUGAAGAACAUUAGUUUGACAAUGGACAAGGCCCAAAGUCAGUCGGAUUUGGAUUUUAGAGAUGAGGCUGAUAUAUCGAUUGUUGAACGAAUUGUUAAUAAGACAGGAAAUCGCAAAUUGGCCGCCAUUCUUGCACUCGAUUUAUUUUUAGUUGGAGUCGAUACGACGUCAGUAGCAGCUUCUUCAACAAUCUAUCAGCUGAGUAAAAAUCCCGAUAAACAAGAAUUACUCUUUCAAGAGCUUAAGUCAAUAUUUCCACAGAGGGAGGCGGAAAUAAAUCAAAAUGUCUUGGAACGGAUGCCAUAUUUGCGGGCGUGCAUUAAGGAGACUUUAAGAAUGUAUCCUGUGGUUAUUGCGAAUGGUAGGAGUCUUCAAUCGGAUGCGGUCAUUGGUGGAUAUCACGUUCCCAAGGGGACCCAUGUGAUAUUUCCCCAUUUGGUUGUGUCCAACGAUACAGCAUACUUUCCGGAGCCAAAACGUUUCAUGCCCGAACGCUGGAUGAAACAAAUCGAGCCGAGCGUCACUUGUCCACAUGCUGGUCAAAAAAUUCAUCCCUUUGUGAGUUUGCCAUUUGGAUUUGGCCGGAGAAUGUGCGUUGGCCGGAGAUUUGCAGAAAUUGAAUUAAAUACGAUUCUGGCAAAGAUAUUCCGGAAGUACAAAGUGGAAUACAAUUCCGGUGAAUUGGUCUAUAAAGUGAAUUCAACGUACAUCCCAGAGUCACCGUUGAAUUUUAAAUUGACACUAAGGGAGGAAUAGUCGAGUCGAGGUACCUACAAAAGUGACACAAAAAAUAACAAAAAAAAAUUACCAUGAAAAAAGGGUAACUUUCAACGACGUCGUUUUUAGCAAAACAACAACGACGACUUUAUCGUCUCUAAAUGGUUGAAAUGAGUGACAGACAUGUCGCCGCUUUAUUUAUUUGUAUUACAAUUAAGUAUUGCUAUGUACCUAUGUAUUUGUAUUUUUUUGUAUAUAUUUUAUGUUUUGUGUAGAUAAGAUG